GCGGCGCCGGUGGAAGUGCUGCCUCUGCUGAUCCCCGCCGUGCUGCCCUCCCGCGGUAGGGACGGGUGCCGGUGCCGGUGCCGCUAGCCACGGGGGUGCCGGUGCCGCUAGCCACGGGGGUGCCGGUGCCGCUAGCCACGGGGGUGCCGGGGCCGCUAGCCACGGGGGUGCCGGUGCCGCUAGCCACGGGGGUGCCGGGCCCUGACGGUGCUGCCGGUCACGGCGGGCGCCGGUCGGGGAAGGCUCAUCCUCUCUCGGUAGGAGCUGUGGGCAGCGAUCCCCGUAGAGCAGCGCCUCGUCAGUGUUUGCGGGAAAGGGCUUCCUGUCUGCUUGUGGAAAUCUCCGGAGAGAAACACGUGCUUAAGAAGCCCUGAGGCGCUGCGGAGCUCGGGCGGCCGGCGGAGGGCAGGAGGUGGCCCGAGGGCCCCGCACGGCCGUGCGCUCCCGCUGCGGGAAGUUCGGGCCCGUUUCGUAGCGCCCCCACGCGCUGCUGCUCCGCUGCUGUAACGGCAACGGUCCCGGACGCAGGCGAUGAGUGGUGCCAAGGGGCCUCUUCAGUGAGCGAGCCUGAGAGUCCUGAGGUCACCAUGGAUAUUACAAGGGGGAGCUUAGAUAAAAUUUCAAGGCCUGCAUCUAGCUCAAGAGCUCAUCGUAAUUGUAGAUCUUUAACUAGAUCUAUGGAGUUAUUAACACCAGAGCCAUGUGUGCCAAAGGUUGAAUCAUCAAUCACUUUGACUGGUAGUCAUCAAAGAGGCAGUCUAGAAGACGGCUGUCCAGAAGAAAACAAAGAACAUAUGUCUAAUUCAGACUCUGGAGAUAAUAGCAGUGAAACACAGACUUUACAGUUCUGUGAACCUCCUGAAGGAAAACCUUGUAAUGCAAAAGCAGGACUCUUUCUUUCUACAGCAAACUCUUCCAAUUUGGAAUAUUCUGAAGAAACUGAUGUAGAUCCUCAGAUUCAAGCAGCUAUAAAGAGAAUGAAUAAACUUGACACAAUACUGGCAAAAAAACAAUUUAAGGAGAGAACAAUUAAAAAACAAGGCAAACAAAUGAGGGCAAAGCUCUGGGAAGAACUUCAGUCUCUCAGAACCACUGGAAGCCACGAGGAGAUAGAAAACACAAACCAUUUUUUAGCUUUGAUGUCAUCAUGGCAGGAUACAGCUGAUCCCUCCCAUGCUAAAGAAGAUGAAAUACAUACUUCAGUAUUUCAUACACAAAUUAGUCCAGAAGAUUAUGAUUGCUGUAAAACCCAACAUAAUCAGGAUUAUCCACGUGAAUUAGAAACAAAUGAAUUUCUUAAUCAAGCAGAAAAAAUGCAUAGCAAAAGUAAUAACAGUCAGGAUUUCAUUAAAAAGAACAUAGAGCUAGCAAAGGAUGCGGGAAACCAGAUUGUUAUGCUUGAAGGAGAGAGGAAAAGGCUAAUUGAACUAUUGAAAGAUAUAGAAGAUGGAACGGAAUUGCAAGGUCUUGAGGAGGAUAUAUCUGUCUGGCUAACACCAGGAGAAGGAUAUACACCUGAACCGAUGGAAUUUCAUCGCCUAAGUGAGAUAGACAUUAAGCUUCAAGUUCUGCUAUCAGAUGGGAGUUUUUCUGCCAUUUCUAGCUCUUGCUCAAAAUCUCCAAGCCAGAUUUAUCAGGAGUCUCUAGUUUAUGCAAACAGAAGCAUGGAAGCAGUUCCAGGUGAAAAGGUUCUGCGAGACAAUAAGGAACAACGUGAUCAACAGAAUCGUCUGAAAGAAAUAGAUCAUCAGCUGAAAUCCCUGGGGAGAAAUCUUACUGAAGAACAAACACGCCUCUCAGAAGAGCAGCUUAAGACCCUUCUGGAAGAAUGUAUGCAGCCUCAGAGAACAAUAAGCAACGUUACCAUGCCAAAGUCUCAGGAAUCUCUUUCUCUUGGAUUAAGUCCCCCUUGUUACACAAGUCAAGACUCCGCUCUUCACUCCAAAUCUACUCUUUCCAAAAUGUUAGUUGAAGACCAUAUUGUAGGGAUGUUAAUGGCUCAGGAAAAGGCUGGACUGGAAGACAAAAGCUUAUGUGUUAAUGCAGAAAGUGAAAUCACUGGCUACUAUAUCAGCAAAACAUUGGCUGAUAGUCACUUAUCAAAGGAUUCAUUGGCCCAGACAGAGGAACUUGAUGACCUAGAAGGUUUACAGAAAAUGAGAGAUAAGAGAAUUACUGAACAUUACUUUAUGUCAAGAGCACUCAACACAAAAAGGUUGAAGAAACCUUCUUUUUUGGAUGAACCAUUAUAUUGCAUCAGCAUGAACAAUGAGCGAUCCACAGAGGCUGACAUUCUCAGCAUACCACUGCAAACCAAAGGAGGUGAGACUCUUAACAACCCUUUAGAAUAGGCUUUUGAUUAUGAUGAAAAAAACCCAGGCAGGUUCUCACCAAAGGUAUGCACCCAUACAUGCUGCUUGUUAUGGUUGGCAAAGAUGUACUUUUAUAAAACAUAAAGCUGUGCCAAUAAUAAUACACAUAAAAUAGCAGGAUGUUUAUUAAAAUUCUUGUCCUCACAUAAGUGACUGUAAGGCUAAACACUUAUGAACUAUAAUAUUGAUGCUGAUUAAUUCUGUCAACCGGAAAACCAUAUUGACAAUACAUAUAGAUUAUCUUUUUGGUAGUAAAAGUGUUUUGUGGGGAGCAAAUAUUCUCCCAGCAGUUGGUAUAACAACUCACACAAAAAUUCAAGUGCUAUUAAUAAAAACUCAAUAGUAUAGAAAAAAACAUGACCUAGCUAUAUUAAAAAUAGUAAAUUGCUUUCUGGAUGCUCAAAUUUACACAUAG